GCACAGGCUCGGUGCUGGCCGGCCUGCGAGCGCGCGUGCGUAGUUUGUGAAGAGCGACAAGAUGGACGACGAGGAGGAGACCUACCGGCUCUGGAAGAUCCGCAAGACUAUCAUGCAGCUGUGUCAUGACCGUGGCUACCUGGUGACCCAGGAUGAGCUGGACCAGACACUAGAGGAAUUCAAGGCCCAGUUUGGGGACAAGCCCAGCGAAGGACGACCAAGGCGCACAGACCUCACCGUGCUGGUGGCCCACAACGAUGACCCCACAGACCAGAUGUUUGUGUUCUUCCCAGAGGAGCCCAAGGUGGGCAUCAAGACCAUCAAGGUGUAUUGCCAGCGCAUGCAGGAGGAGAACAUUACCCGGGCUCUGAUCGUGGUCCAGCAGGGCAUGACACCCUCGGCCAAGCAGUCCCUAGUGGACAUGGCCCCAAAGUACGUGCUAGAACAGUUUCUACAGCAGGAGCUGCUCAUCAAUAUCACGGAACACGAGCUAGUCCCUGAGCAUGUGGUUAUGACCAAGGAGGAGGUGACCGAACUGCUGGCUCGAUACAAGCUUCGUGAGAGCCAGCUGCCCAGGAUCCAGGCCGGGGACCCCGUGGCACGGUACUUCGGGAUCAAGCGAGGGCAGGUUGUGAAGAUCAUCCGCCCCAGUGAGACAGCCGGCCGCUACAUCACCUACCGCCUGGUGCAGUAGCUGCGGGUGAGCCCCAGCAUAAGGGGGUUCCACGCUGUCUCUGGGGGCCCCUGCUGCCUGUCCUUGGCCCAGUAGAGGAACUGAGCUGCACCCACAAAAAUAAAAUGUAAUGAGAGGCAGGGCUUGAGUCCUCAUGCCGAGGGGGCAGAGGCAGGUGGAUUUCUGUGAGUUCCAGGGCUACAGAGGGAGACCUUCUCUCAGCAAGCAAGCAAACAAACAAAACUCCCAAAACCUGUACUGUUGCCAAUGAGAAUUUAGCACUCUGGAGACUGAAGCAGGAGGAUUGCUGCAAUUGAAGGCAAGUUUGUAGACUCUUUUCGAGGUGUGAGGGUCUCUCCUAGAAAACAGUGUAAAGGAGCCCACAGCAGCUGUACGCAGGGGAGCCCGCAGCCACUGCUCUGCCUCCUGACACAGACAGACACUGCUGCCUCAGAGGAUCAGGCCCGCAGCUGCUGCUCCCGUGGGCCCCUGUGUGGGGGUCAUAACCGGAUUUUCUUUUGACCAGAGGGUUCUAUCCUGGCCAUUCUCGCAGGAUGAGCAACCUCAGAGCCACAGGCACAUCCCCGCUCCUCAUUCUGAGGUCACCGUUCAGAGUUCUCCAUUCUCGUAGGACUCUCUUGAGAAAUAAAAGGUAUUUUGUGAAUAA